UGGCUAAUAAGGCAGCACUAAAGAAGCUGGCAACUCUAUUAUUCAGCUGUAAAGUUGUUGUUGGUCAUCUAAAAUACUUAUUGAAAAUUGAUUGCAGCUAUGGAAGUCGACGAAGAAGAGUUCGAGGUCCCCUCUUCGAGCAGCAAAGGAGAUAAAAAACGCUUUGAAGUGAAAAAAUGGAAUGCGGUGGCGCUAUGGGCCUGGGACAUUGUCGUUGACAACUGUGCUAUUUGCCGCAACCAUAUUAUGGAUCUUUGCAUUGAAUGCCAGGCAAAUCAGGCAUCGGCUACCAGCGAGGAGUGCACCGUAGCCUGGGGCGUGUGUAAUCAUGCCUUUCACUUUCACUGCAUCUCCCGUUGGUUGAAGACCCGUCAGGUGUGUCCUCUGGACAAUCGCGAGUGGGACUUUCAGAAAUAUGGACACUAACUACAGGCAUCAAGACUUUGAAUAUACAUACAUACUACAGUCAUCAAAACUUUGAAUAUAACAUACUCUUGCUUCAGGGUAAAAUAAAUGUCUUAGGUUUACUUUUA